AUGGCCCCCCAGCUCGACAGCUUCUUCAAGCAGGUUGACACCCUCGCCGACAGCUUCAUCGACCGCCUACGCAAGGCCGUCGCCAUACCCUCCGUCUCCGCCGACGAAGAGCGGAGGCCAGAUGUCGUCCGAAUGGGCGAAUUCCUCGCCUCCGAACUCAAAGCCCUAGGCGCCUCCGUCGAGCUCCGCCCCCUCGGCCCGCAACCACACAAAGAGCACCUCGAGCUCCCCCCCGUCGUGAUAGCCCGGUACGGCGACUCGCCCUCCAAGCGCACCAUCCUCGUCUACGGCCACUACGACGUGCAGCCCGCGCUCCUCGAGGACGGCUGGGCCACCGAACCCUUCAAGCUGACGGUGGACGACAAGGGCCGCAUGUACGGCCGCGGCAGCACCGACGACAAGGGCCCCGUGCUCGGCUGGCUCAACGCCAUCGAGGCGCACCAGAAGGCCCGGGUCGAGCUGCCGGUCAACCUGCUCAUGUGCUUCGAGGGGAUGGAGGAGUACGGGUCCGAGGGCUUGGACGACUUCAUCGAGCGCGAGGCGCGCAAGGGCGGGUUCUUUGAGGCGGCGGAUGCGGUCUGCAUCAGCGAUAAUUACUGGCUGGGCACUGAGAAGCCGUGUCUGACGUACGGGCUGCGCGGGUGCAAUUACUACAGCAUCGAGAUCCGGGGACCCGCGCAGGACCUGCAUAGCGGCGUUUUUGGCGGCACGGCGCAUGAGCCGAUGACGGAUCUCGUGCGGGUGAUGGCCAGUCUUGUGGAGCCAGACGGGACGAUCCUGAUUGAGGGUAUCAAGGAGAUGGUAGCGCCGCUGACGGAGCAGGAGAAGGCGCUGUACGGCGACAUCGCGUUCACGAUGGACAACCUGUACGAGUCACUGGGCAGCACGACAGGAAUCUACGACGACAAGGAGAAGACGCUCAUGGGGCGGUGGCGAUACCCGUCGCUCUCGCUGCACGGCAUCGAAGGCGCCUUCUCCGCCCCCGGCGCAAAGACCGUCAUCCCCGCCAAAGUGACGGGCAAGUUCAGCAUCCGCACCGUGCCAGACAUGGACCCCAAAGCCGUCGACGAGGCAGUCUUCAAGCACAUCGACAAGGUCUUCGCGUCCCUCAAGUCCAAGAACACGUGCAAGGCGUCGCUGCAGCACGCGGGGAAGUGGUGGGUUGCGUCGCCCAGCCACUGGAACUUCACGGCUGCCGGCAAGGCGGUCGAGCAUGUCUGGGGCGUCAAGCCGGACCUGACGAGGGAGGGCGGCAGCAUCCCGGUUACGUUGACCUUCGAGCAGGCCACGGGGAAGAAUGUGCUGCUGUUGCCCAUGGGGAGCAGCACGGAUGCGGCGCAUAGCGUUAAUGAGAAGUUGGAUCGGAAAAACUAUGUUGAGGGGAUUAAGCUGCUGGGGGCGUAUUUGCACUAUGUGGCCGAGGAGCCGAUGAAGGGGUAG